AUGCAGUGCUUGGUUUCUCCUCCGAAAUGGGGCGUAGAUCCUACAAUAUCUGGCGGCAAUGAAUCCUGGGUCUCACUCUCUGUCAAUUUUUCCCAACGUUCUCUUCCAUAUCUGUAUGGAAGGAAAAACUUUUCUAAAAAUUGCACUUUGAGAUGUGCAAUAACUAAAACGAAGGAGCUUUCUGUUCCUUCUGAAGAAAACUUGGUAAAAGAACCCCACAAAUACUUUGAUCAGGUAGUCAUCACUGUUCGUGCUGGGGAUGGAGGCCAUGGUGCGGUUUUGAGUAUGCCUAAUCAGAAACCUGCUUCAAAUUCGCGAGGCAAGUUUGACAAAGACAAGGCCAGGAGGAAGAGUUCGUAUAAAAGGGAUUUCGAUGGAUCCCUUAUCCUCCCCACUGGGGGACAUGGUGGAGAUGUUGUAAUUUAUGCUGAUGAGAGCAAAGAUACAUUAUUGGAAUUCCAUAAGAAUAAUCGGUUCAAAGCAAAGCGUGGAGGAAAUGUUGAUGCUAUGGGUCUCUUGACAUCUCUUAUUCACGAUGGACUUGCUGCACCAACUUUGCGUAUUCCAGUACCAUUAGGUACUGUUGUUAAGAACAAGAAAGGGAAGUUUCUGGCCGAUUUAGCUAAUCCAGGUGAAGAAGUUCUUGUUGCAAGAGGAGGUCAAGGAGGGAUCAGCUUGCUUGAUGUGCCAGAACACAGAAGAAAGAGAACAAUGUCCUUAACUACAAAUGUGAUGAGAGAUGAGAGUGACAAGGUUUUAGUUCUUGGCCAGCCUGGGGAGGAGAUAAGUUUGCAGUUGAUACUAAGAGUGGUAGCCGAUGUUGGUCUUGUUGGGCUUCCGAAUGCUGGGAAGUCAACUUUAUUGGCAUCCAUCACUCUAGCUAAGCCCGACAUUGCUGAUUACCCAUUCACAACUUUGAUGCCGAACCUUGGACGCCUUGAUGGAGACCCUAAUUUAGGCGCAGGGAGAUAUUCAUCAGAAGCUACUUUGGCAGACUUACCUGGGCUUAUUGAAGGUGCUCAUCUGGGGAAGGGGCUUGGUCGCAACUUUUUGAGGCAUCUGAGGAGAACUAGGUUGUUAGUCCAUGUUAUUGAUGCAGCUUCAGAUGAUCCUGUCGCAGAUUACCGGACAAUAAAAGAAGAGUUGCGGAUGUACAAUCCUGAAUAUCUCGAGCGACCAUAUAUUGUGGUCCUGAAUAAAAUCGACAUCCCUGAGGCAAUGGAUAGACUGCCAUAUUUAACUGAAGAAAUACGGAGUAUCGGGGUGGAGAGUGCGACUACCGUACAGUCUGUGAGCAAUGAUGUAGGCCAAGCUGAUGGUUUUGAUUUGGAAAUGGCUAAUAAAGACCGGGAUACCAAAGGGAUUGAAGAUUACCCGCGCCCACUUGCUGUAGUGGGUGUUAGUGUUCUGAAAGGCUACAAUGUGGACAAUUUACUGUCGGAGAUCAGAGCAGCAUUGCGGAGUCUCCGUAACAUGGAGAAUGCUCCACAGGAAGCAGAACCAAACAAGAAGAAACGACAUUGA